AUGUCAUGGAUCGGAAUUAAAAAAGCCAUAAACCGAGCUGGAACUCAAGUUAUGCUAAAAACAGGGCACAUUGAACAAACAGUAGAUAAAGAAUUUGAUUAUCAAGAAAAGAGAUAUCGAGCUAUGGAAACCAAUUCCCUUAAAUUACAAAAAAAUUUACGUUCAUAUUUGGAAAGUUUACGAAUUUUAACCAAUUCACAGAUCAAUAUAGCCGAAUCCUUGAAUUCAUUUUAUGGGAAUAAUUCAACCACUAGUAAUGUUAAAGAUAAAGAUGGGAAAGAACUCAAGAAUAAAGAACUUGUUCAAGAAUAUUAUGCCACUGUUAAACAAUUGAAUGAUUCUAGUAUCAAAAAUUUAGAAAAUCCUUAUAAUCAAACUGUAUUAAAUCCUAUUGCUAGAUUUAAUUCUUAUUAUACCGAAAUUAAUGAAGUUAUUAAAAAAAGAAACAAUAAAUUAUUAGAUUAUGAUGCUAUGAAGAGUAAAGUUAAGAAAUUAAUUGAACAUCCAUCAUCAACUGAUAUGGAACAAUAUGAAAAUAAAUUGAAAAAUUAUAAUGAAGAAUUGAAAGAAUUGGAGGAUAAAUAUAUCAGUGUUAAUAAUAAAUUGAUUGAUGAAUUACCCAAAUUGAUUAACUUGAGAGUAUCAUAUUUUGAUCCCAGUUUUGAAAGUUUUGUCAAGAUACAAUUGAGAUUUUUCAAUGAGAAUUAUUAUGUAUUGAAUCAAUUGCAGUUAAAAUUGGAUGCACAAACAAAACAAGAUUAUAUGGAAGGUAAACUAGAAGAUCGAAUUGAUAAUGUUUUGAAUAAAAUGAGAGGGUUGGAUAUAACUGGGGGUUUAUAG